AUGACAACUUUUGAACCUACUGUAAACCUUUUUCAAAAAAUUAUUACUCGUUCAUAUGCUAAUGUUGAAGUUGAUUCAGAAGGCAUCAAUACAGAUCAAUUCUUGGAAGCAACUGAUGGUUUGAUUAACAUGUUUGAUUUAUUUGGUAAUAGCGCGUUUAUGGUGGUGCAAAAAGACAUGAGUAAUAAUGUUAAAAAGAUUAGAACACGCUUCUUGGAGAAUCCUAUAGAAUAUAAUACAUUAGAAAAGUUAAUGGCAAAAGAAGCCCAUUUGAAGCGAAGAUUGGCCACAGAAGCAUUAUUAUGGUUAAAAAGGGGACUUGAAUUUACAGCAUACUCAUUAAUGCAUAAUAUUGAUCACCCAACUGAAGAAUUAACGGUUUCCUUUUCACUGGCAUACGAUAAAACAUUAAAGGCUUAUCAUAGUUUCAUUGUUCGACCCGUAUUUAAUCUUGCUAUGAAUGCUUGUCCUUGGAGAAAGGAUUUUUAUGAAAAAAUUGGUAUACAAGAUGAUAAAUCAAUAGAAUUAAUGAGAGAAUGGUUAAUGGCUUUAUCUCAUUUAAUUGAUAUUUUAAAUAAAGUAUUUGAACAGAAUCCAGGAUAUGUUAAACAUUAA